AUGACUAGUGAAGAGCCAGUCACGAUACUGAUUUGUCAGACGCCAUGCGUGGUCAGCGACUGGUCUGACUACAGUCCGUGCCCUGUGAUCUGUGGCCCAGCAAGUGCAGCCGUGGAGAUCUCUACCCGCACCAUCAUAGCCCAGCCCACCGGGAAUGUCACUGAUCCAGCGUAUCUGUGCCCGCCACCCGAGGACCUGGUGCGCACCACACCGUGUGUGGAUGUGGAGCUGUGCCCCGUAGACUGCAUGUUCGGUGUCUGGACUGAGUGGGGUGCGUGUUCGCAGUUUUUGGGUGAGAGUGGGCAGCAGACGCGGUCGCGGUCCAUUGUGCAGUCGGCCGUUGCUGGAGGCGCCGCGUGUAUGGGCGACAUUGUGGAGCAGCGGGUGUGCAAUGAGCUUGUGACGCAGGUGGCCAAUUUUACGUGCACCGACUUCUUGAAGAAAAAUGUCUGCCCUAAGAAGUGGGCGCCAUUCCCUAAUCCCGGACGCAUCCAGUGUAACGGGCCCUGCGUAGAGAAGACCUGUUGCCAGCUCAUCCCCGAAGUCCCAACGCAUUGUCAAACCGGUACCAACCACCCCGAAUCGGGAUGCGCCCAGAAACUGGUGCAGGCUUCACCCCAAAUUCCGGUUAACUUCAAGAACGUUUCCAUUCCAGACCCCUUUGGAAACGUCACCGAUCCAACGCUACUCCUGGGUUGUCAGCCGCAAACGUCCUACUGCCUGGGCUUGGACGGAUAUGUCACAGUGGGGAUGCAGCACAUCUUCUCGAGCAAUGUGGUGCUGUACUUCUGCGAGCCCACCCUUGCUACUCAGUCUACCGACAUCUCGGCGUACACAAAGGCCUUCGAUCUGUACAUUGGCAGUGACGCGUCUGAGCUGUUUUAUGUCAACAACUAUCUCUUGUCCAACAGCAUGCUGUGGAAUACAGGACUGGAGAAUGUUUUGUACCAAAACAUCGUGAUUCCGUCCGAUGGUUGUUACAAAUAUAUCAAAGUUUGCGAUAAAUCCCCACUGGAGUUGCAGCCAUUCCCCACUUAUCACGACGUAGUCAUCACAGACACCGGCACGGAAACUGUCACCGAUACAGAAGACACCACCGAUAUCUUCGACGGGUAUACGGAGCACUCAGUCGACAAUUGGGUAGCCAUAGCAAUGAUCCAGAGCACGGAGAGCUGUGCGUGCACAAUCAACCAGACGGUCACGCCGUGGACUCCCUGGUCCGACUGCACUGUCAACUGCGGCGGAGGAAUGCAGGGCAGGCUACGCACACCCCUGCAGCAGGCGGCAUACGGGGGUUCUGUCUUCGCCGGCCCCUUCUCUCAAGAGCGUGUGUGUCUGCGGGACGAGUGCUUGGUGAACUGUGAGGUCAGUGAGUGGACUGACUACACCCCAUGCUCUACCACAUGCGACGACAGUAUUCAAACCCGAAACCGUACUGUGGCGGUGGAACCAGAAAGUGGAGGUCAGCCAUGCCCUGAGCUUUCACAGACGUUAGCCUGCAAUACAGAUCCUCAGCACCAGUGCGACUACAACAAUGUCACGGACUGUACGGCGGAUCCGUGGUCGGACUGGAGUGUGUGCACAAGUAUGUGCGGCGACGGUGUUCGUAUAAGUACCUGUGGCAUCACCUCACCCGGAUCUGACCCUCUACUGUGUCCUACUUUGCUGAAGACUGACUCGCGUCCCAGCUGCUUACAUCUGUCUGUUGUUUUCUUUGCCGCCCCUAUCCCUCUCUGCCCUGAGUUUCUGUUUGUGUUCUGCAUGCGAUUAAUUGCGAUUGUUGAACUGCGUAUCCGCUUUGCCUGA